AUGCCUUCACGACGCACAGCAGAGCCACGCCUCAUCGUCAUCGGUUGCGGGGUCGCUGGUAUUGCCCUCGCCGCACGGCUCAGAUCACAGCUGAGAUAUGACAAUUUUGUGGUUUACGAGAGGGAGAGAUCUAUCGGCGGGACAUGGUACCUCAACACAUAUCCUGGCGUUGGCUGUGAUGUCGACUCCCACCUCUACUCCUUCUCCUUCAACUUGAACCCCAACUGGUCGAAGCGGUUCGCCGAGCAAGCCGAGAUCCUUCAAUAUCUGCAAGACACGGUCGACAAGUUUGGCAUCAGACCCCAUGUACGGCUUGGGGUAGAGGUGGUCGAGGCAGCGUGGAUCGAAGAGAAGUCGGUUUGGCGCGUGACUCUGCGCGACCUCGACGACAACCAUGUCUUCCACAGAGAAGCAGAGAUGCUGGUAUCCUGCGUGGGCACAAUAUCCAUACCCAAAGACUGCAACAUCCCUGGCCACGAGAACUUCAGAGGUGACAUGUGGCACUCGGCGCGCUGGAACCACAAUGUCUCUCUUACGGGCAAGCGCGUCGCUGUCGUCGGCAACGGCUGCUCCGCCGCUCAACUGGUCCCGUACGUGGUCAAGGAAGCCGCACAGGUCUACCAGUUCCAACGGUCACCCCAAUGGAUCAACGAAAGACCCAAUCGCAGCUUCACCGAUUUUCAGAAGUGGUGUUUCCGAUAUAUACCUCUCUGGAACCGCAUUUACCGCUUCUACCUGUGGAAGAACACCGAUGCCCUUCACAAUCUGUACCAAUCCGAGACGGCCCGGUCGGUGCGUAACCGCGCAGCAGCCACUGAACAUGCGAAGGCAUACAUGAUGGCGACGGCGCCCAAGAAGUACCACGACCUGCUCAUUCCCCAGUUCCCGCUUGGCUGUAAACGACGGAUCUUCGACCCCGGCUACCUGGAGAGCCUCCACAGCCCGAACAUCGAACUGACAGCGGAGCCCAUUCUGGAAAUCACCGAGACAGGUAUCCGCACGCCGCGACGAAGCAUCGAGGUCGACGCCAUCAUUCUCAGCACGGGCUUCAAGAUUCAAGAAUUCCUGUCGCCCAUCACGGUCAAGGGCGUCGACGGCAUCAGUCUAAACGAGCACUGGAAAGACACACGCGGCGCACAGGCCUACAAAGCUACAUUCGUGACGGGUUUCCCCAACUUCGGGAUCGUGUUCGGGCCCAACGCCUUCCCCGCGCACAACUCGGUCAUCUACACCAACGAGGUGCAGGUCGAGUACAUCCUCAAAACUAUGGUGAAACCGAUGCUGCACGGCGACUUCCAGGUCAUCGACGUCAAGGAGGCCGCCGAGCACCGCGACGCCAACGUGGUCCAGGCCCGCCUGCGCUCCAUGGUCUGGAACGCCGGCUGUAGCAACUGGAACCUCGACGCCGCGGGCCGCAACACCACCAACUACCCCGACGAGACCUGGAAGUUCUGGUACCAGCUGUACUGGCCCGUCUGGAAGGACUUUAACCUCUACGGCGGGAAGGGGACGCACCCGUUGCACCCGGCGUGGAAGGUGGCCGCGGCGCUGGCGAGCAUGGGCAUUUUGGGAACGGUGCUGCUCAAGCGGAGUUUCCACAUCCUGGCCCCCAUGAUGGACGUGUUGAAGCAUAAAGUCCGGUAA